AUGGGUGUCACCAAGACUACGCACCAGGAGGGCAGUGGCCCCAGCCCAGGCGUGGGCCAGCGCGUCACUAUUGAGUACACCGGCUUUCUGAAGGACACCUCCAAGCCUGGGAACAAGGGCAAGCAGUUCGACAGCUCUGUCGGCCGUGGCGACUUUGUCACCUCCAUUGGUGUCGGCCAGGUCAUCAAGGGCUGGGAUGAGGGCGUUAUGCAGAUGAAGGUCGGCGAGAAGGCCACCCUGGACAUCUCGAGCGACUUUGGCUAUGGCACACGGGGCUUCACGGGUCACAUCCCGCCCAACGCGGACCUUAUCUUCGAUGUCCACCUGAAGAAGAUCCAGUAG